AAGAGUUAGAAAAUGAGAAUGCUAAAUACUCAAAGAAUUAAGUGAAUAAAAAACUUACAUUGGUGUUUUUUUGGGUCGACAAUUAGUCAAAGAUUAAAAUUAGCACGAGUUUUUCAAAUUAAUAUUUGGAGUGUUGUUUGUUCCAUUUUAAUUAUGUUGGUUGGUUACAAUUUAUUUUGAGAGCUGGUUCCUAAUUGGCACUUCCUCCUUUCCUAAGUGAUACAUUUUUGUGUUUUACUCAUAUUAAAAAAACAUAUUAAAGUUAAUUAUAAAUGAAUUAUUUUAUGUAUUUAGCUAUUUUCAUAUAUUUAAAUUAAUAGUAUUUGAUUAAUUACAAUUAUUAUUUUUAGUUUACAAUUUACCAUUAUUAACUACUAAAUAUUAUAUAGAAAAUGUAAAACAUAUUUUUUUGAAACACAGUUUUAUUUUAAAACAUAUUUAUUUUUAAGAACAGAGGGAGUAGAUGUUUAUUUUUUUCUACUAAAAACUUGCACUUGUUAUUGCCCACUAUUUCUACAACACAACUAAGUAUAGAUUAGUCAAGAGUUUUAAUCAUGGACUAUAAAAAACUGAUCACUAUCUACAUGGAUUGUUAUUAUAUUUGUAUUUAUGAGUUACCAAGAUUAUUAAUUCAAAACUAGUUUAAAUAGAUUAUUCACAUCACAAAUAUGAUAUUAUUAUUAAGGUCUCAAACUGCAUAAAAUGCACAUUCAAAUUAAUAUUAAAAACUAACUAAAUUUAUCAAAAUUCAUAAACAUAAAUUUAACGCCAUGGGGCUCCCACGUUCGUUCACUCGACCUAUGGACACAUUCAAAUAUGUUGUAUACUGACCAUGCAAUCAUCACAUAAUCUUUUUCCAUGUUUUAUCUUUACUCGCAUGGUAUCGCGAAUCAUUUUUCGAUAGGUCACCCAUCAUUUCACUACUCCAGUCUAAUCACCCUUAAUUUUGGAGUCCUAAAUAGAUGUGUGACCGAAAAGAUAACUCCACUUUGAUUACAUAAAUAGUCAAAUCAAUUCUUUUAAAAAAUUUCAUAUACUAUAAAUCGGGAUGUUACAAAUAUAAAUCACAACAGUGUAUUCCAUAGAAUAUCAAAAUAAACUAGUAAUUCAAAGUAAAUUUUGAUCUCAAUAUUAGUUAUGCAUUGAAACAAAGAUAAAUAAUUAAAGAAAUUGUUUGGUCGCAAUUCUGCCUACACCACGAGAUUAAGAUUUUGUGUUUGUUUGUUUGUUUGGACUAAGAACAGGUGACUAGAGGCCAUUAACCGGCAUAGCAAUCGAAUGACUUAACAUUAAUUAAUUUAGGUAGAAGAUCACGGAAACAAGUAAACUUACAAAAGCACCUAUUAUACGGACAUAUACACAGUUAUAUACACGUGCUCUUACAUAUAUUUGCAUUUACGUAAUACUAAUUGGCAAAUUGGCAAAUGUAAUUUGCAUGUGAUCGAACCCACCAGCUUAAGAUUCGGAAAUCAAACUGUGGAUUGAAUCUCAAUACAUGACCAACUCAAAACAAAAUGGUAAUGCGCCGAUUUAUAUGUUCCAACAAACAUUAAGUUAUAAUAGAACCAAAAGAAUAGCUCUCUCUCCCAUCUCUCUAGAUAACUUCACCUCGUGGCCAUCUCUUCCCGGCGACCGCCAUGUCCCUUUAGUCGGUCGCCGGAGCUCUCGGUGUUUUUUCUUCUUGUUUAUCUGCUUCUCCUGUCCAUCUCCGUUGUCUCUCUCCUUUUGCGACAAGGGUUGAACGCUGUUAGGGUUUCUCCGUCGCAGAUCUAGCGGUUCUUUUGUAGAUCUGGAGUGAGCAUGACGGUGUCAGUGAGGCUAGAGGACGGUCUCGCUCCCGGACUGUUUGUCUCUGACUCUACAGAGGGAUCUCUGUUCGGAGUAGUUCUCCCCUUUCCUUAACGGCGUUUCUUCGUUACGGCGGCGCGUGGGUCGUCGAUUAGUCUCCUCGGGGUCGUCAUAGGUGCUGUGUGGUGCGUGGAUAUGUCGUGACGGUUUCUGGGCGAGCUUAGGGUUUGUGGAUCUAUCGAUCUCAAGCUUUCUCUUCACCUCUUUGGAUCCUCCGGUGGUCUCCAGUGGGAACGUGUGGCGAGAUUCCGGUGGUGGGUCGCCGUCCUACCUUGUGUCUCUCUCCUGUGGCGGCGCGUGUGGGGUUGCCUCCUCUGCUUACUUUGAGCUUGCUCAAGGCGUGUGGGGUUCUUGGCGCUCCUCCUUGGUGGUGUGGGGUCGACGGUGUGGCGCUCCUCGCCUCCGUCUCUCUGACCUUUCGUCAUCUUCCUGUGAUUUGGCUUCUUUGAUAGCGGUCUGGGUCAGCGAGUAGAUUGGGUGUAGCUGGGCUUUCGGUCCUCGUGUUACUCCGAAGGUUGUCACUCCGGAGGAUUUGUGCCCAGCCCGUCUCAUUGCUCUAUAUGAGCUGUGUGUUAAAUGGGUGUAACGGUCCCGGGUUUGGUGGAUUGGAGGCAGCAUUCUCCGGUUACCAGCUCGCACAGCGGCAUCGCUGGUUGUGGACUGUUCCUCAUGCUGCCGGUGAGGCGAUUUUGGAAAGACUCGCGGUGUCGAGAUAUGAUUCUUUGCGCAGGUGUUGAUGAUUGGGUCUCAUGGAAGCUGUAGGUUCCCGGUGCUUCAAGGUUUGAGGGUGCCUUUCUCUCCGGUCGCUCGUGGCAACCGGGAGCUCAGUCCGCUCAUACCUUUUCUUUGGUCCGUCACUGCUCCACUUUGUUCCGGUCUCUAUAUUAUCAUGUUCUGUUUUUAGUUAGAGCAUCCGCAUUAGCGGUUUUUGAUGGGUUCAUGGGCUCGAGUUCUUAGGGCCGAAGGGAUUAAAGAAAAAGAAAAAUGGGUUUAUUUCGAUGAACCGGGCCUUACGAGUGAACCCGUAGGAGGCGAGUUCAAGCCACAUGUCGAUCACUAAGUGGCUGCUCCUUCCGCGUUGACGACGACGAAAGUAAGGUUUCCGCGUAACUCGAUUCAUUUCUCUCCUCUCUGAAAAAGCUAGGGUUUGCCUUCUCCGAGGCGAUAUUUCGUGCGACUGCGAAUUCCAGAGGUUUUCUCCAUCAAAUCGACGAUGGACUCUCUUCUCCACGAGCUUAGGUCAGUAUCGAGUAGAGUCACGGUCUCUUAGAGUCGAUUUUGGGCUCGAAAGCGAUUUGCGAUAUGUGUGAUUUAAAAUCGAUUUGGGUUUUUUUUUUUGCUAGGGUUCUUAAUCGAUAUGGGAGUUCAAUUGAGGGUUCGUUUAAUCAUAUUGUAUCGUUAUUAUGUGCUAAUAGUUUUGAUUUGUGGUACAGAUGGAUCCGACAGAAGAGAGAAGACAUUCAAAGAGACAAAACGAUUACAUCAACAUGUUAGGGUUCGUGGCCGAUUCAGAAGACGGGAUUCUUAGAAGGUGUCCAUGUGGUGGGAGAAUCAUUCAUGAGGUUCGCGGGAAGGACGACUACGACACUCUUCCUGGGAAGCGGUUCUUCACCUGCAAAAACUACGAGGCUGAUGGGUUCCAUUAUCGUCAGCCUUGGGAGAUAGGUGUGCAGGAGGAGAUCGAAAGGUUGACUAAGCGGGUGGAGGAGGUUGAGCAGGUGAUGAUGGGGGUGUCGAAUCUCAGUAAACAGAUUGAGACACUGGAGGAACAAGUUAAAAUCCUCUCUGGGCAGGUAGAUUACCUCACAGUGCAGGUGGCUGACCUGGAGAAGGUCUGCUUCGAAUGAAAAGCAAAGGUCACGGGUUCCAGGUAACGGGUUGCAGGUCACGGGUUGGAGGUCACGGUGUUGCAAGUCACGGGUUCCAGGUCUGUUUGUUUCACAGGUAGUUUAAGCCACGGGAAAGUGUAGCCUUUUGUUUCUUUCUACACUUAUUUUGCAUCAUGGAUGUACUAUGUUUUGUAAUUCACAACUUGAUUCACGGAUGUACUAUAUUUUAUAACUCUCUAUAUAUAAACUAUGUCUCUCUAUCUUUAUAAAAUGUGCAACUUGAUUCAAAGUCUUUCACUUCUCUUUCUUUAAAAAAUGUGUAUGUUUCUUUCUCACAGCUGUGCAUGUUUCUUUCUUUAAAAACUUUGCUUCUUUCAAUUCAAUAGUAGUUCACAAAGUUGUUGAAAGAGAACAAGAAACUCCAAGCUCACAAAUUCAAGAGUAGUUCACAUAUGUCAUGCACAAAGUAACUCACAGCUCACAAACGAGUUAACCAAACAAGAAACUCCAAGCUCAGAAAGUAGUUCUCAGGGGUCGGGACAAGCGGUGAAGGGAGUUGGAACUCAGCUCUCAUCUUCACGUACCGAAAAAAAUAUCAAAUUCACUAGAAGGUAAUUAAAACAUGUUGCUUAGUAAUAGCUUGGGAAGAAAGUAUUUGAAUGGAUGUUCAUAUUUUGUUUCUUUCAAAUGUUCAUGACAUAUUAUGUUAUAUUAAUAAGAUAAUAAUGUUGUUCUAUAAUAUAUUUGAAAGAAAAAAUAUGGAUUAUGAAAGAAAAAAUUGUGGAUUAUGAAAAAAAAUUAUGGAUUAUGAAAAAAAUAUUUAUAUUAAAAUGAAACUAUAUGUUUAAAAGAUAUAAAGAGAACAUAUCUAGCCAUAAUCAAUAAAAAAAAUAUUUUAUAAUGAAAAUAUAGAAGAAAUAAUGAAAAUAAUAAUAGGAUUAAAUAUGAGUUACAAACCCCCUUUUGCCUUUUGUAGGAAGGAGAAGAGAAAUAAAUUGCUUCAACAAUGUCUUCCUCAUCAAGUGAUGAAGUAGAUGAAGCUUUAGAAGAAAUAGUCGACCAAGUAGUUGAUAAUUUCAUCCACUCAAUGGUUGAUGUUCAAGCCAACAAGCCAAAGAGACGAGUUUAUAUCGAAAGAGAUCGGGAACGAGGACACAAUCAACUAUGUAACGACUAUUUCAAGGAAAAUCCUACAUACCAACCGGAAAUGUUUAUGCGGCAUUUUCGAAUGAACAAGCCAUUGUUCCUUCGCAUUGUCGAUCGCCUAAGUAGUGAAGGUCCAUACUUUCAGCAAAGAAGAAAUGCACACGGAAGGUACGGGCUAUCUGCACUUCAAAAGUGUACGGCAGCUAUACGUAUGCUGGCAUAUGGUCAAUCGGGAGAUACAUAUGACGAAUAUCUCCGACUUGGUGAAAGUACAGCACGUUUAUGUUUGGAAAAUUUCACUAAUGGGAUAAUACAAUUGUUUGGAGAUGAGUAUCUAAGAAGACCUACACCGGAUGAUCUUCAACGAUUACUCGAUGUUGGAGAGGUACGCGGGUUUCCAGGGAUGAUAGGCAACAUCGAUUGUAUGCAUUGGGAGUGGAAAAACUGCCCAACGGCUUGGAAAGGCCAGUACACACGUGGUUCAGGAAAGCCGACAAUUGUCUUAGAAGCUGUGGCAUCACAGAAUCUUUGGAUAUGGCACGCAUUUUUCGGAUUACCAGGUACCCUCAACGAUAUCAAUGUUCUUGAUCGGUCACCAGUUUUUGAUGACAUUUUACAAGGUCGAGCACCUAAAGUUAAGUUCAAGGUCAACAACCACACUUAUCGUAUGGCCUACUACCUUACUGACGGAAUUUAUCCGAAUUGGUCAACAUUUAUCCAAUCCAUCCCACUUCCUCAAGGUCCUAAAGCAGAGCUAUUUGCUGAACGUCAAGAAUCCACCAGAAAAGAUGUCGAACGGGCUUUUGGAGUAUUGCAAUCGAGGUUUGCAAUAGUUAAAAACCCAGCUCUACAAUGGGACAAGGAAAAGAUAGGAAGGAUUAUGAGAACUUGUGUCAUAUUGCACAAUAUGAUAGUAGAGAACGAACGAGGCGGAUACACUCAAAUUGAUACAUCUGAGUUCGAGUCAGGAGAGUCAAGCAGAAGUUCUGAGGUGCAAAGGACAACAAGUUUUAAUAUCGGUAAUAUGCUAGGCAUUCGUAAUAAAGUUCGGGAUUCAGAGAAACACGAUCGUUUGAAAGCUGAUUUAGUUGAAAAUGUAUGGCAAAAGUUUGGUAAUGUAGAUGAAUAAUCUUUGUAUGUUCAUGAAUUCUCAAUGUAUUGAAUAAAAACUUUUUAAAAAUUUAAAAAAAUAUUUUAUUUUUAUUCAUGAAUUCUCAAUGUAUUCAAAACUUAAAAAAAAUAUAUAUAUUUUUUUUAUUUUAUUCCUAAGAACCCUUUUUCAGAUUCACCAAUCGAGGAGCACAAUAAAUAGAGGUUCAUCACUAUUCAUGGUUCCACCAUAAAAUUAUUAAAAAAUUCUUAUGAACCCCAAGAGAAGGUUCACUAAUGCAGAUGCUCUUAAGCUUCUUUGUUGGUAGAUGCUCUGUUUAGAUUAGUUUAGUUUCAUUUAUGUUCUUCGGCUACUUGUUCCCUUUGUAUUUUCUGUCAAAAACUAAAAGUUUGGUAUCAUAAAUUUAACAUUUUAUCAAAAAAAAAAAAAAUUAAGUUAUAAUAACAAAAUAGACGUAGGUAGUCUUGUGGCGAUCUUUUGUGCCUUUCAAAUUAAGAAGGAUGCGUUCGAAAGUAUCCUUUUCUAAUCUUGCUUGAGAGAGACGUCGGCCCCAAUGGAGAGAAGUAUGUAAUUAGUUAUGAAUUCUUCAUAAUUCCAUUUAGCCAGAAAAAGGAAAGUUAUAAUAUUAACCUAGGUUUUACAAAAAUACAGUUCGAAUAUAUAUGAGAAAAAAUGAGAUCUAGUAUGAAUAAUUUCAUUAAGAUUGAAUUUUUUUUUCAUAAGUUCUCCUCAAAUGUUAAAAUAGAAUGAUUGUUUGACUGACGUGAUUAGUUUUUUUUUUUUUGAAAAAACUGACGUGAUUAGUAGUUCUUCUUCUGGCACAUGUCUAAUGUAAUACUCCAAACCUAUACGGAUAUAAUGAAGGUGUAGUAUAUAUUCUUCUCUUUUAUUUUACUUCGGAUCAUUCAAUCACUCGAAAAAAUCAAAUGCCUUUUGACGACAUAUAGUAAAUCAAAUCAGUUAUUUUAAAAUAUACACCACCAUAUAUUAAAUAUGAGAGUAUUAUAAUAUCACCGUAACAUCAUUUUCUAAACCACCGAGGUUGGCCUGGUGGUGUUGAGAGAGCUUCGGCCUCAAUACGCACCCGGGUUCGAACCGCUGACCAGGCAAUUGGAGUAUCUAAUUCCCCAUAGUACCAAAUGGUCCGCCUCGCGCCGAGGGGUUGGCCCCUGGGGGUGGAAGUCCCUCCAGGUUAAACAAAAAAAAAAAAAAAAAAACAUCAUUUUCUAUGGGGGAUAGCAAUGUAAUGACCCAAAGUUAGAACCGAGAUUUACAGAUACAUUAUAUUUUGCUAAUUUCAAAAACACAUAUUUAGAUGCAAAAUUAUGGGAUUUUUUUUGAAUGAAUGUGAAAUUUAUUCAAUCAAAUACUUUGCACAUCAAAUGCUUCUAUGCUAAUACUGUUUGAAGAGUAAAGAAUCAAAAAUCUAAUAAAACAGAAUCGGACUCAUCUUGUAAUUCACUAGUACUUCACGGUCUUGUUGCCAGCCAAGUUCGUAAACGACUCUCCAAUGACUUAUCGCCGGUUUGCUGCAGAGACAGUAAUCUGUUAUCGCCGGAAAAUUAAUUACAUGGCUGAUUUUUCUAGUUUAAUGUCAUAGAUUCGCUUAAAACCAUGCCGGAUUAUGUCUUCCACAAAAGUGACAGCCAAUGGAUUGUUUAAGUAUUGUGUGUAAUUUCAUAGGAACAUAGAAUCAAAUUUAGUCAUCAAUUGAUUGAUUGAUUCCCAUAAGUGCAUAAUAAAUUGUAAUCAAUUACGAAUUCUAACAUGAAAUCUUCGAGCAGAAGUUCAUAAUAUCUUACGGACCAAUCAUUGAAGUACGCACUAAUUUAAAUACUAGUAACUCGAUUAGUUUUUUUUUCUGGUCUAAGUAACUCGAUUGGUUAAGUAGUAUAAAAUAAAAAUAAAAAUAAAAAUAAACAAAGAUGCAAGUUGUAAUAGAGAACGUGAAAGACAAGUGGAGUUUGGCGACUGUUUGUGCGGCUAAUAAGGAGAGCAUCUCCAUGUAAAUAUACGAGACAUGCAUCAAAGGAUAGCGCGAUCUAUAAUCUACUUCUCUUUUUUUGGUCAAAAUCAUCUACUUCUCUAGUUAUGACCAUCUGUUGGUGUAAACCUUUUCUCGUUAAUAUGUAGAGUUCACUAAAGUACGCAUUUGUAACAUGUUCAAAUUCUCUGAACUAUUCAGAUUAUGAUGUACUCAAACAGACAAAUUUGUAGUAGGCAUUUUAACAUUUUUCCAAAAAUAAAAAAAACAACCGAAGACUCAUCUUAUGAAUCUAAGCCAUUAAAACUGAAAUAAAUUUUGCUUAUGUUUGAAAACAAGGAUAACUGUAAAAAUGAAAAUUGUUUGAAAACAUAUAUAGUAGUAUAGAAAACAAGUAUAAUAGUGUUAGUAAUUUUGAUUAAUUGUCUUUUCAUAUUUCACUCAGUUUAACAAUUUCAUUAAUCUAUAUUAUUAUAAGUGAAGUACAUUUUGGUACUGUUUCGAAACAUGAAUAACAGUAUAAAUGAGAAUUGUUUGGAAAC